AUGAAAACACUGGUUGAUGAAGAGGAAGUGGUUGACUGUGUGAUUGAUUCAUGGUCAAAGUAUCUAAAUGCAAAGGGCCAUAAAGAUAAACUCUUCCUUUCAACAGUUCCAUAUCAUAUUAUGUGCACAAACAAGGUGUGUCCAGCAGGAUCCUCCUACGAAAAAAGGCUUGAGGAUUUUAACAGAAGGGUUAACGAAGAACUGGUUAACUAUAAUUUCAAAAACAUUCAUCAAUUUAAACAGAUAUUCAUCCCUGUUCUUGCUGCAAAACACUUCUAUCUCCUAGUCAUCAACCAUUACAAUGCAACUGUGGAUGUAAUUGACAACAGGCCUCUACCAAGAAAUGUAAAAUUUGAGGAUAAAUAUGAGGGACACCCAGAAGUUGUGUUGGAUGCUUUUGCAAAAUAUAUGGGCACAUUUGGAUAUGAGGUAGAACCAAUGCAAAAGUAUGAAAUGAAUUUGGUCAAGAUGAAAUGGAGAAGCAUGAAAGACUAUACAAACUGCGGUGUGUAUGUCAUGAAGCACAUGGAGACCUAUACUGGUGAUCCAGAACAUGAAUGGAUAUGUGACUUGAAGGCAAAUGAUGUAAGUUGAAUUUUGUUCAUUCUUCUUUUGUAUUUUGUUCAUUUAUUUUUAUUGUUUUGGUCUUUUCUGUUUUAUUGUUCUGCCUGUUGAAUUUCUUUUAUAUUCCUCAAAUUUAUAAUUUAAUAUUUGGAUUUUAUAAAACAUUUUUAAUUUUUUUAUUUUUAUUUUUGAUAUA